AUGGUUGCCUUUGGUAAGAGCUAUGGGGGGAAGCAAUUCAAGGGUCAAAAGUUUCAAGAAGUUAUUGGGGAGACCAUUAAAAUGAUGGACAGCUUCUCAGCUGAGAAUUUCUUUCCAUCUUUUGGGUGGAUUGUGGAUUUGUUGAGUGGGCAUAGAGGGAGGUUAGAGAAGUGUUUUGUGAAUCUUGAUGAGUAUUUUGAAAGGGUGAUUGAUGAUCACCUUGAUUUGGGGAGGGAAAAAUUAUUGGAGCAAAAAGAUCAAGACUUUAUUGAUGUUUUGGUUGGAUUAUUAAAGGAUGAUGAAUCUAGUGAUUUUCGCUUUACCAAAGACCACAUCAAGGCACUUAUCCUGAACACAUUUAUUGGAGGCGUAUACACCAUUGCAGUGGCAAUGGUUUGGGCAAUGUCCGAGGUAAUCAAGAAUUCACAUGUCAUGGAAAAGCUACAAGAGGAAAUCAGAAGCGGCGUAGGUAAAGUCAACAUUUGAUCCAAAUGAUCUUUCGAACUUCAAAUACCUUAAAAUGGUGGUGAAGGAAACCCUAAGGUUGCACCCGCCGGCCCCACUACUGAUCCCACACGAAACCCUACGCCAUUGUAAACUUGAGAUUACUGAUGACGGGUAGGAUGUCCUUGCACAAACGAGGGUCUUGAUCAACACGUGGGCCAUUGGCAGGGAUCCGAACUGUUGGAAAAACCCUAAUGAGUUCUUUCCAGAACAGUUUGAGGAUAACAACGUGGAUUUCUGAGGCCACAUUUUGAGCUGUUACCGUUUGGAGCUGGCCGAAGGAUUUGCCCUAGCACAGGCAUGGCGAGUUCGACCGUGGAGCUGAUUUUGGCCAACCUUUUGUACCAUUUUGAUUGGGAAAUGCCUUGUGCAUGGUAUGAGGAGGGAGGAUAUUAGCAUGGAGGAGGAAGGUGGGAUUACUACUCAUAAGAAGUCACCCCUUUGCCUAGCUUGUGCCCAUUAGGUAUGAUUUGGCAAGAGUCGUGAGAUAACAAACCGUGAUUCGUUGAACAUGUAGAGCUGGUCUUGUGUAUUUGUGUGUGUGCGUGUGUGGAGAGAGAGAGAGAGAGAGAGAGAGAGAGAGAGAGAGA